AUGCCCAAAUGUCGCCUUUGCAACGACUUCCAGCGCAGCCCGCGCCAAUUUCGUCUCGCGUUUGACUGCAGUCAGAAGGAAUUAAUCCAAUCGGCAAACGGUGGAUGCAUAAUCUGUUCGUAUCUGCUGGAAGGACUUCAACACUUUGAGCCGAAACUUGAGGCACUUCAGGGCCAUGAUCGCAUCCACAUCUGGGGUGGUAAUAUCGAUGGUGGCGGAGCGGUAGAGAUGGAAGUAUUCAGUGGUGGUGCUCUCAGACUUCGUUUGGAAUUCUUCAACACGAAGGGCAAGACCAGCGUUCUACAAGGGGCGCGAAUGCUGCCUACCAUUCCCGGAGAUACUCGAGCGCCAGCUUCAAUUGAUUGGGCGAAGCAACGUUUGCAAGAGUGUGUUGACUCACACGCUUCUUGCAGUCAAGAGAGCAUCCCAAAACUUCCAACUCGAGUGCUCGAUCUAAGACCGGACGCGGAUGACAUGAAUGUCAGGUUGAUCACAACGCAAGGUUUGAAUGCACGAUAUGCAUGUCUAAGUCACCGCUGGGGCAGAUCUGCAGCUUUACAAACGCUAAAGUGCAACUAUGUUUCACACACCCAAGGCAUAGGAUGGGAUAUGUUGCCGAAAACAUUCUUGGAAGCGACUCUUAUCGCGCAAGAUCUCGGUCUCCGGUACCUUUGGAUCGACUCUUUGUGUAUCAUUCAAGACGACGAAGAUGACAAGUCGCAUGAGAUAGCGGCAAUGAGUUCAAUCUACACCAACUCAUACAUCACUAUUGCUGCUACCCAUUCAGAAAGCAGCAUGCACGGAUGCUACUCAACAGGGUCGCUCCAUCAUCAAGACUAUCCACUUUCGUCGUCGAAGCAACGCAAUGCUUCCGUGAUAGGGCCGGACCUUUAUGUCCGUGAAGAGAUAGCGCAUAUUGGCGAAGAGCGCGCGACAACACCCCUGCUAAAACGUGGAUGGGUCUGUCAAGAACGAUUACUCUCACCUAGGGUGCUCCACUUUUGCGAAAAAGAGCUUGUUUGGGAAUGUCAAGAGUCAAGUACCUGUCAAUGUUCUUGCUUCAACCCGCCGGUGCACAUCAAGCGAAAAUAUAUGGAGGUUUUCCGUCGCAGUGUGUCCAUCAACGACUACAAGACCCCCAAUAUCAAAUUCAGUUUAAGAAGCACAGCAUACCUGGAUUCUUGCGAUGAAGAAGAUGGCGUUGAUGUUCUCGUUUUGCCGGCAGCAUGGACUCGGUGGCUCAGUAUCGAAUCCGAUGAUGAUGCUUCCGGUCCACGAUUGAAGUUGAGAGACAGAAUGCGCCUCCUCAAUGAUCUCCGCCACAUAUCUUACGCUUAUGCUCUCAAAUCAGUGCUAAUUCAAUACCAAGAGGAUUGGAACCGGGGACGCCUGUCGAAAUCUUGGUCUAGAAGCAAGAACAACGACGACCCUACCGCUGAGCAUACGGGUGCAGAUAAAUCAGAUGACGAUCUUCCUCAAAUUCGUUUUGAACCCGAAAUCGACUACAUCAUUCCAACCUGGCUCAACGAUGAGGCCAUCAGAAGAUGGAGAUAUGUCGUCAGCGACUAUACCGGUAUGGAUUUGACUGAACAGCGAGAUCGUCUACCAGCUAUAGCUGGUGUAGCUAGCCAGUUUGGAAACGUUUUGGGCGGUAGAUACCUAGCAGGGCUUUGGGAGAUUGCCUUACCUGGCGAUCUACUGUGGCGUACACAUCAAUGUGCACAAUGCACACCACAGUACAGGGCCCCAAGUUGGUCCUGGGCGUCACUUGAUGGAAGGAUCAAACACUACAAGAUGACAUCAUAUCAUCCAGAAUUCUCAAUCGUCCGCGCGCUUUACGAUCCACUCUCAGAAAACAACCCCUUUGGCGAAGUAACAAGCGCCUCAUUAGAAAUCAACGCUAUAGCUGCGAAUCUUCACGUGAGGUUCAACGCAUCAAAUGAUAUUAACGUCUCCCGUCGACCAAUAAGAGUUUGUUUUAUGGGAGGAUACGCAACAUUCAUCCCAGACUACGACCUCACUAUGGCAGCUACGCCACUGCACUCCAAUACACAUGAUUCGCGCAGUAUGCUUUACGAAUUUAUCUGCAUCGGAGACUUCGAUGUCGAGCGUAACGAUGCAGCCUUCAGUGAAACCCAGAGUAAUUCCGGAGCCUCACUUGCUGUGUCGCUCGUUAUACACAGAACCGCUGAAGGCGUUUACAAGCGAGUUGGUAUCUUAGAGCGCCCUCGCGUACAAGUUUCAAAAUCGCUGCAGCACACAAAAAGCAAGCAAAUGCCCCAUAUCUCUGGCACCUUUAUUAAGAGCUUACACGAACAACUGCGCGAUUCUAGAGAAAAGAAUGGCAAAGAAGAAGCAUGGAAACUUAUAUCAGGACUCGUGCUGAUUUGA